AUGGCCCGCCUGUGCCCACCUCCCCGCAGACACCCUCUGUUUGGUCGCAACGUGCCCCUGUCCAGCGGCUCGGGCUUCAUCAUGUCAGAGGCCGGCUUGAUCAUCACCAAUGCCCACGUGGUGUCCAGCACCAACACUGUCUCCGGCCGGCAGCAGCUCAAGGUGCAGCUGCAGAACGGUGACAGCUACGAGGCCACCAUCAAGGACAUUGACAAGAAGUCGGACAUCGCCACCAUCAAGAUCCACCCCAAAAAAAAGCUGCCGGCCCUGCUACUGGGCCGCUCGGCAGACCUGCGGCCUGGUGAGUUCGUGGUGGCCAUCGGCAGCCCCUUUGCCCUGCAGAACACUGUGACCACGGGCAUCGUCAGCACGGCCCAGCGGGACGGCAAGGAGCUGGGCCUCCGGGACUCGGACAUGGACUACAUCCAGACAGAUGCCAUCAUCAACUACGGGAACUCCGGGGGACCACUGGUGAACCUGGACGGCGAGGUCAUUGGCAUCAACACACUCAAGGUGGCAGCCGGCAUCUCCUUCGCCAUCCCCUCGGACCGCAUCACGCGCUUCCUCACGGAGUUCCAGGACAAGCAUGUCAAAGACUGGAAGAAGCGAUUCAUUGGCAUACGGAUGCGGACCAUCACACCGAGUUUGGUAGAAGAACUAAAGGCCAGCAACCCAGACUUCCCGUCGGUCAGCAGUGGGAUUUAUGUGCAAGAGGUUGUCCCAAACUCACCUUCUCAGAGAGGGGGCAUCCAAGAUGGCGACAUCAUCGUCAAGGUCAACGGGCGCCCUCUGGCGGACUCGAGCGAACUGCAGGAGGCCAUCCUGACGGAGUCCCCUCUGCUGCUGGAGGUGCGGCGGGGGAAUGAUGACCUCCUGUUCAGCAUUGCGCCCGAGGUGGUCCUGUGAGUGUGGGGCCCCUCCCCAUGUUGCCACGUGCCAGAGCCUGCAGCCCGGGACAGGUGCCAGCCGAGAGCUCCCGUCCAGAGCCGCUGACGCGCACAGGGUC